UCAUUUUUAAUUUCGAUCUGAUAGGCAUAAAUGACCACCUCAAAAGCUAUUGGAAGAAUCGACUCCUUGACCCCGGAGCAAGAGUUGGUCUUGAAGCAAGUUUGGGCGCAGCUCCUUACCUACUGGGGUAAGACCGUGGAAUUUCCUACCGUGAACUUGAGCUCUGCCAAGUUAUCCAAGACAACCUCUCAUGCGAGCCACCAUUCCGCAGGUAAGGAGAAGAAGAAGAGAUUUGCGAGAUUCAGAUCUGCGCCAAAACAUACGGAUACCGCCAAAAACACCAAUACAUUAGACCCGAAACUCAUCCCUGGCAUCGUAACGGGGCUCAAGCCAGAAGACGUGGAGCGCCAGUUCUGGGAAAUGCUCAGAAUCGACUCCCCAGACAACUUGGUGUUGCGGUUUGUCAGAGCACGCAAGUUUGACUUGAAAAACGCCGUGACCAUGAUUGCCAACACUUUCAACUGGCGUUUGGCCGAGUCGUUCGCCGACAAAGUGUUUUUGGAGGGCGACUACGUGGCGUACCAGGAGAAGAACAUGCCAGGCUUGAUCAAGCAGUUUGAGUUGGGGAAAUCCAUCAUCACUGGCACCGACAAGGAGGGGAGACCGGUUGUCGUGGUGAGGACCCGCUUGCACAAGCCGUCGGACCAGAACGCCGAGGAAAUGUUGAAGUACACCAUCUUGGUGAUCGAGUACGCUAGAUGCUUUCUUAUGGAGCCAGUUGACACGUGUUCCGUCAUCUUCGACUUGACCGACUUUAGUUUAUCCAACAUGGACAACGCACCGGUCAAGCUCUUAAUCUCCGCAUUCGAGGCCCACUACCCCGAGUCUUUGGGGAUUCUCUUGAUCCACAAGGCGCCAUGGGUCUUCAGUUCCAUCUGGAACGUGAUCAAGACGUGGUUGGAUCCGGUGGUUGCCUCCAAAAUCCACUUCACCAAGACCUUUGACGAUUUGACCGAGCACAUUGACGCUGAUAACAUCUUGGAGGAAAUGGGCGGUAACAACAAGUUCCACUACAAAUAUGUGACGCCAGGUACCAGUGACAACUUUAUCCAAAACCCCGAAGAGAGAGCCGUUUUGGAGAAAGAAAGGGCAAACUUGGCCAGCCAGUUUAUUGAGGCCACCACCAAGUGGAUUGAAGCGACCGAUUUAGAGGCCAGCAACGCCUUUUUGAGCCAGAAGAUUGUUUUGGGCCAGAAAAUGGCCGCAAACUUUGUGGCCUUGGACAAGUACAAGAGAUAUAGAGGGGUGUAUGAGCGUCUCGGCUUACUAGAUGUCAAGUCGGGAUAAUCGAUAGAGUGUAUUAUAUGGAUGCCAUUCUGUGAUAAAGCGUAUAGGAAAUGCAUCACUGGGCUAGGGUCUCAUGGGUGAAUUUAAAUAGUAUCGAGUUAGAUUAGCCAAGAUAGACAUCACUAAUAUCAGACCUAGAUGAGCCACUCACGUCGUUGUUUUAUAUUAGAGCGGGGUCCAAAUUUUAG